UGUUGAAGCCGCUAGAGGCGAAUGUAGGCGCGUGGUGACAUAUAAGAGGAAGAUAUUAAGAUUGUCUAUGUGGCAGAUUCUCUUGAAAGAUGAGUGCAGUUUUAGUUUUUGUUUAUGCGAGGGACAUACCUCAAUCUUUCUUAAAUAAUGUACUAGGUGAAAUCUCAUUGAUUAGUAUGUUAAAGUCAAGUCGUGUUCCAAUGAUAGUGUCAGGUAAUUUCACUUGUCCUCCCUCGCUAUGUUUAAAUCUAACAGAUUGUCAGUUCAGAAUAAUGAUAUAUGUAAGUGUUGGGUACGGCGUGUUGAAGUAUUCUGGUGGUGGUGUCUGUCGAGGAACAGUGGAAUGUAAUGCUCGUCAUAUGAAAGUAUCAUAUUGAUAAGAAAGUGAAUAGCAAUUCAUAUUUGAGAUCUGUGUUGUUUGACAUGAUUCCCUGUUUGGAUGGUAAAAUUCUGUUCAGAGUAAUGGGAAGACUUAAUUGUACCAAGUUGUUGGUGAACAUGAGAUUCCAACACUAUCUGCUAUAAUAUGCAGAUGUUCCUGCACCACUGAUUUCACAGGGGACGGGGGGGGGCAAUUACUCUGUAUAACUUCGAUAUCAGAAUGCAUGUCAUAUUAGCAAGCCCGUACAUAGUGUUAAUUGCUAGGUUUUGCUUGAAAGCAGAGUGGGGUAGAUCCUCCCCAGCGUGGAUUAUGUGGGCCCAGUAUAUUCCCAUCAUUUUCGUCAGCAGAAUUUUUGUUCUUAUUUUCGUUGUGGGUUUGUGAGAGCUGCACAGGAACCUGUAUACAUUUGGAGCCGAUGGUAAAUGCUCCUUCAGGUGUAAAAAUUCGCCUGUCUUUCAGAUUUACCUUGAGAAGAGGAAUAUCAAAGGACUGAAGGUUUGUCACUGCAUCUUAGAACUGCCUGAUUUGAGUCUCCCCAAAAAUAAGACGCAUCUUUUCUUUACCGCCGUCAGGAAAAUGACGCUAAAUAUUAAGGAGCAGCUGAGGAACUUUACAGUAAAGGAUUGCUUCGCUAAAUGCCGACAGUCACGAACCCUUGUACUGGUUGUGGUGUUUAUAGCCAUAUUUCUUGACAACAUGCUGCUGACCACAGUAGUGCCUAUUAUUCCAAAUUUCCUUUACCAUUUGGAUCAUCCAGAUUUAGUCGCAGCAUCAAGGAACCUUUCUUCUAUUAGGCACUCAUUGAACAUUAGCAGACAAGGCAAUGAGACCUAUCAAAAUGUCACGGUCCUUUAUAAGAAACAGUGCACAGACCAUAACGCCACCACGAGGUCUAAUUUUACUUGGGAUGAAGUGGUGAAGCAUUAUAUUCCAAAGGUCGAUCUACCAGAUGAGUGCUACGAAAUAAGAUAUUUAAUGACUGUUUUGGCGGAAAAUGCAACCACGGUGGAGGACAAUAUCGACGUUGAGGCGGUCAUGAAUGCUACAGAGGAAGUGGCAAAAAAGCGACAUUUGUAUCUUGUAAACGAAAGUGUCAAAGUAGGAUUACUGUUUGCUUCUAAGGCAGUUGUACAACUACUUACGAACCCAUUCAUUGGCCCUUUAACCAACAGGAUCGGUUACAGCAUACCAAUGUUCACAGGAUUUGUCAUCAUGUUUGUUUCAACAAUAAUUUUUGCCUUCGCGGAGAGUUUUUGGCUCUUACUGAUGGCGAGGGCAGUUCAAGGCGUAGGGUCUUCCUGUUCAAGUGUGUCAGGCAUGGGUAUGAUAGCGGAGGUAUACCCUGAUGACAACGAGCGAGGACACGCCAUGGGGAUUGCUCUAAGUGGACUAGCUUUAGGGGUUCUUAUUGGUCCUCCGUUCGGUGGUGUGAUGUACCAAUUUGCAGGCAAGGAAGCGCCUUUCCUUAUAUUAGCGGCAUUGGCUUUAUUUGAUGGAUUAUUACAGCUUAUCGUCCUAAAACCCCGAGUAACUCCGGAGUGUCAAGAAGGAGCUUCCCUGAAAAAUCUCUUGACAGAUCCUUACAUUCUUCUUGCCGCAGGGGCCAUUACCUUUGCUAACAUGGGCAUUGCCAUGCUAGAGCCUUCACUUCCAAUAUGGAUGCUGGAUACAAUGAAUGCACCGGAAUGGCAGCAAGGCACAGCUUUCCUCCCAGCCAGCAUAUCAUACAUGAUAGGAACAAAUACGUUUGGACCGCUAGCUAACAAGAUCGGAAGAUGGCUUAGUUCGUUGAUUGGUAUGAUUAUUAUCGGCUGUUGCCUCGUAGCGAUCCCUUUUUCCAAGAAUAUAUUUCACCUCAUUGCGCCAAAUUUUGGGCUUGGGUUUGCUAUCGGAAUGGUAGAUUCUGCUAUGAUGCCUCACAUGGGUUAUUUGGUGGACCUGCGCCAUACGUCGGUCUACGGCAGCGUGUAUGCCAUAGCAGACGUGGCAUUUUGUCUGGGGUUUGCUGUUGGGCCGUCUUUGAGUGGAACGAUAGUGAAAGCAGUUGGAUUUUCAUGGAUGCUUUGGGGGAUGGCGAUAACUGUAUUCCUGUUCGCGCCGCUGAUGUAUUUCCUGCGCAACCCACCCGCUGUCAAAGAGGAGAAGAUGGCUCUUAUCAUGAACGACAAAUGCCCGGUCCAGUAUGUGACCUACGCCCAAAACCAAAAAAGUGCGGAUAAUUCGGAUGACGAGCCAGAAACCAUGGAAUCCUACAACGAUUAUUAACAUCUGGCAUAGCUUAAUUUAAGGGCGAUCCAAUACCUUAAACUAGAUAUAUUUAUUGAAGCGUACCGCCCGUUAUCAGACAAUUGUAUGGGCGAAUUUGGUCGUAUUUUAAUGAAUUAUUAGUAUGGACUGUAAGAAUGUAGAUGGGAGUAACAUCACUUGUAUUUGUAGAUAAGUAUUUCAUUUUCCGGUAGGACGGGCAGUAUCGAUGGAGAGGGUAACUAGGAUUCAGUGUUCAGAUACUUUUGCAUCAAAGUAAUUAUGUGGUGAAGGAAUUUACUGACCAAUCGCACAAAUGUUUAAUGUUCAAGUAUAGAUGCCUUUCCUUGCUUCCAGCUAUCCUGUCUAUGAAAGGAAUAAACAAAUUGCAAAUUUUAUCAUGUUUUAUCAAUUAAAAAUUUGAAGAAAAAAAAUCCACUUAAAAUUGAGGCAAGUCAAUGAAAAAAAUUAAUUGAACAGUUUUGUUCAUCUGGUACAUGAUAUUGACAAAAGAUUUCCGGCAGAUUAAAGAUUAACGGCAAAUAUGUUUAAAAUAUGAUCGAGCACAAUGUCAUCUUCAGCAAGAAGGUAAGCACGAACAUGAUUUAUUAUCACAACAAAUUGAACAAUGUUAGAUAGUAAACUAACAAAACAAACACCAUAUAGAAACGACUCCACUAACAACCAACCAAAAUUAUACUUGUA